UUUUUUUGUAUAAAAUAUUUUUCUUUCUUUUUUAAUCUGAGUUUAUAUUUCAAUUAAUUUUCUGCUUCCUGCUUUGAUCUUGCUUUGUCGAUCACCGAAUUGGGAUAAAACAAUUUUUUUUUUAAAAGGCAGUUUAACAUUAAAUUAGUUUAAAGUAAUCUUUUUUGUUGCUAUUUUUAGCAGUUGGAUUCAAUGAAAAAUCUCUGCAACUUUCUUACAAAGAGAUUUACAUGAAACACUUCUUUUUAAUCACUGUAUUUUUUGUCUUCAAUUUUAGGGACGUAACCCUGUCUAAUACAGACACUAUAAUGAUCUUGGAUUCUAAUCAUUAAAAGAAAAUUUAAAACCCUUCUUAAUUAUUUCAAUUUUAAUCAAAUUUUAAAGUUUUAAUCGUUACUGUGGUUUCCAUCCAUUUUCGUUCUUCAAUCAGGAAAUACAAAAUAAAAAAAAAAUACCCAGAUGAUCAAUUCAAAGACUAUAUUUCUAGGAAUUACUCUAUGUUUUUUUUUCUGUAUUAUUUAUAGUAUAAUUUUUUUUUUGUGUAAAUAGAAUUUUAACUAUUAUUUCAAGUUUUUACUGGUAUUCAUACGGGUGGACAAUGAUCUUCCUUGCACUUGGUCCUCCAUGGCUCUUUCCAUAUCUUCAACAACAUUAGCACUGCUAAACUUCUUUUUUUUUUUUUAAUUUUUUUAAAUAACUUAAACAAAUAUGGAUACAAACAAACAAGCAUACAUACAUUAUUACCUAAUUUAUUAAUUGCAUUUUAGUUGUUAAUUGUUAUGUUAAUUUUACUGUCAUUUAGUUAACCAAACAUGUGAUCCCAAGGGGAAGAGAAGGAAAGGAAGGAAGCCAGAGAGUAGGGCUGUCUAUUUGUUUUUGUGAGUACGAAUCAGUGAACCCCAUUGUGGUUUUCUUUUUCCUGCCCAGCCGACCAUGGCAUUCCCGUGAGAGGGACAAAAGAGAAAUAUUAACAUAACAAGAUUAGUGACCUUUUGAGAGAGAAUGGUCUCUCUCUCUCCUACGCACCUUUGUUUUAGCUGUCUUCUUAUCCUACACCCCACCACCAGGCACCAACAACCAUUGCAGACUUAACAGUAUAGUUUCUCAAGUCUUCCCAUAGAGGACCCCUUAGUACAUUGCAUUUGCAAUUUUUUGUCGAGAUUUAACACAAAGACAAUCUAGUGAUGACCGUUAAUGUACGUUGGAUAGAAGUCUACUGAAAUUUCUUAAGGACCCCCCAUUGUACCUGAUGCUGUUUUAUCACUUCUUAGCCUCGUUAUGAUGGCUUGAUCUGCUUGGAUUUGGGCUUUUCUUGAUGAAUAACCAAUGCCCGUUUCUUGUAAUUCUCUAAUUCUUCGUCAGUCAGAUCUGGGCAUCUAAAAGAUAUUUAUUGCAGGGAAGAGUAUCUUCUUUUUGAGCAGCUGGUGUUUUUCCAAUUACAUGUAGGAUUCAUGUAAAAGUUAGGCCGUUAAAUGUAGUUUUGGCUUUUUGUUUGGAAAAUCCCAUCAAUGCGGUCUAGUUUGGAGAGUUUGGAUGGAUGUAUGUGAAUCAGAGCAACGAUUGCACAAGCUUGCUGCUGUGGCUACCACAAGAUUGCCACUUGUUCCUGCUGAAAAGAACAAUGCACCACUCACUACUAGACGUCCUCGAACAAGGGAAGUUAGUUCGAGGUAUAAAUCACCCACUCCAUCAACACCUUCUGGUCCCAGGCGCUGCCCAUCUCCAAACCUCACUAGAACAACCCCUACACCUUCACAGGUGGUACAAAAGAGAUCUCUAUCAGCUGAGAGGAAGCGUCCCUCAACACCACCUUCACCUCGAAGUCCAUCUACUCCGGUUCAUGAUUCAUCAAUGUCUGUGCAGAUAUCAUCUAGAAGGCUAUCAACUGGCCGUAUACCAGAAAGUUUAUGGCCUUCUACUAUGAGAAGUCUUAGUGUUUCAUUUCAGUCUGACAUUAUUUCUAUUCCUGUUAGCAAAAAGGAAAAAGAAAAACCAGUUAGUAAUGUUUCCUUGGAUCGCACUUUGAGACCUUCUUCAAAUUUGGCUCACAGACAACAGUCAGAGUCAUCCAACUUAUCACAGAAGCCUACUCCAGAUAGAAAAAGAAGUCCUCUUAAAGGGAAAAAUGCACCUGAUCAGUCUGAAAAUUCAAAACCAGUUGAUGGUUUGCCUAGCCGAUUGAUAGAUCAGCAUCGAUGGCCUAGUAGAAUUGGUGGGAAAUUAUCUUCCAAUUCAUUGAACAGAAAUGUGGAUCUGGGCAAUAAGAUUGUUAAAAGUUUAUCUACACCAGUUCCGGGAAUGGAUUUAUCUUCACUGAAGAGAAUGCCAAUGUCUGAUAGUUUGGGUAAACCUCUACAUGAAUCUGCUAGUGAUGCUGCAAGGUUAUCACUUGAUGAAAUUGGUAGAGUAGGGUCUGAGGCAAUUUCAAUUGAUGAUAAGUCUAUGCGGGUAUCUGGACCUGCAAGGCUCCUUUCUGCCAGUUCAUUGGACAAGAUGACAUUAACAACUCAUGGGGUCAAAUCUCUGUCUUUAUCUGCUCCUGGAUCACGACCUCAGUCACCAAGUAGGACCUCUGUUUCUAGGGGUGUCAGUCCAUCUCGGGCAAGACCUUCCACUCCACCUCCAAGAGGAGUCAGUCCAACUCCAAGGGGAGUCAGUCCAACUCCAAGGGGAGUUAGUCCAUCUCGGAUGAGGACAUCCACUUCAUCUAGUCAAUCCCAUAGCUCAACUUCAGUUCUCAGUUUUAUUGCAGAUUUUAAGAAGGGAAGAAAAAGCGCAAGCUACAUAGAGGAUGCUCAUCAACUGCGACUUCUUUACAACCGUUAUUUGCAGUGGCGAUUUGCUAAUGCCCAGGCAGAAGCUGUAUUGUAUAUUCAGAAAGUUACUGUGGAGGAAACUUUGUACAAUGUUUGGAAUGCUACUUCGAGUCUGUGGGAUGCCAUGAUCAAGAAAAAGAUCAAUCUCCAACAGUUGAAGUUAGAGCUCAAGCUGAACUCAGUUUUGAAUGAUCAAAUGGGAUACCUCAACAAUUGGGCAUUACUUGAAAGAGAUCAUAUAAGUUCUUUAGCUGGAGCAGUAGAAGAUCUGGAGGCGAGCACUCUCCGUCUUCCCGUAACUGGAGGGGCAAGGGCGGACAUUGAAUCAUUGAAAGCUGCUAUUUGCUCUGCUGUUGACGUGAUGCAGGCUAUGGGAUCCUCCAUUUGUUCUUUACUCUCAAAGGUGGAAGGGAUAAACAAUUUGGUUUCUGAGCUUGCUGCAAUAACUGCACAAGAGAAAAACAUGCUUGACCAAUGUGAAGCUCUGUUGUCUUCAUCAGCAGCUAUGCAGUUAGAAGAGUGCAGCCUUAGGUCUCAUCUCAUACAACCAAAACAACCUUUGGAGAGCAAGAAGCGGCCAAUCUUGGCAACCAAAGCAUUUCCAUGGCCCUGACCACCUGGUAUGCUAACAAUCUGCCAAUGUAUCAUUUAAGUGAGAUAAAUUACAAAAUCUGCUCAGUUCCCAGUAAAUGUAAAUUGUCCCUUUUUUUAAA